ACGUUAAAGUAAAGGGGACAAUUAGGAUUUCUCAUAAAAAAUAAAGGGCUAACAGAGAAAAAACACAGAAUAAAUUCAGCAAAAACCCCAAUCACGAACAACAGUCGAAUUCUCCAAUUUCUUCAUGAAAUUCUCAAAUUCACGAAGAUGUCGGGCUGCACAACUCGUUCGAAGAAAGCUCAAGUGGCGCAGCAGCCUGAGAAUCAAUCGCGUGCUAAGUGGACAGCAUCUUUGACAAAGGCGUUGGUAGACUUGAUGGUAGAUGAGAUUCACAAGGGAAAUAAAUCAAGCAAAUCCUUUAGUAAGAAAGGGUGGAAAUUCAUUUGUGAUAACUUCCGCAUUCAAACAGGUUAUUGGUGGGAUAAUGAACAACUAAAGAGCCGUUAUAUUGCCUUAAGAAAGCAAUAUACCAGUGUAACUUUGCUACUCGAUCAAUCUGAUUUUAGUUGGGAUGAGGCAACUGGUGCAAUCAUGGCUUCGAAUGAAGCAUGGGACAGAUACAUCAAGGCACAUCCUGAUGCUGAGAUGUUGAGGACUAUCGGCUGCCCAAUAUACAAUCAUCUGAGAACAAUAUUUGCAGAGCCAGUUACAAAUGGUACGCAGCAAAACGGAUCAACCAUGGACGAACAAGGAAUCUCUGCUUCAUGCGUGUCUCCACAACAUCUGGCUGUAAAAGAGGAGCAACUCUCGCCGUCAGAGUCAGAGAAGUAUGUGGAUCUGGCAAGUCGCAAGAGGGGCCGAAAAGGAUUCGAAGCUGCUAUUGCCAGAGGUAUAAUGGAGAUGGCUGCCGCGGCAAAGCUUAGGGCGGAAGCCAUAAAAACAUUUCACGGUAAGUUUUCGAUUUCCGACUGCGUUAAGGCACUCGAUGAAUUGCAAGGUAUUAGUGACCAAGUUUAUCUAGCUGCUUUAGAUCUGUUCAGCAACCGUAAUGCAAGGGAGACAUUUUUAACUCUCAAAAUUGACAAACGUUUGAUUUGGUUGCAAAGGAAGUGUUUGGUAUGUUCUCUUCCAUAGAACUUGGCUGGUAGGUUUGUUUAGGUGAUUUUAACUUUGUAUAUUGUAUGUGGAGAUCAAUCGAUUCUCCUAUUCUUUUAGGAUGGCUAAUUGUUACUCAAAUGCUCAAUCGAUUUUUUGGAAUCACUAAUUGUUUAUGUAAUGAAAUCUGUUUGCUUCUGUUUUAGACACAA